AUGUGGAGAAAGAAAAAACCAAUGCUUGCUCUUGUUUUCCUAUGGGCUCUCGUACAAGCCAAUCUGCUUGCUGAAAAAUGGGGCGAGGCCUGGCCGUUCCAAGGAAUCAGCACCUUUGCCCAUUUGGAGACGCACCAGUGUCUCUUGUCACCAGAAGUUCCAUACGACAUUGCUAUAAUUGGUGUUCCAUUUGAUACGGCCACUUCUUACCGCAGUGGAGCCCGUUUCGGCCCUCGGGCUAUUCGGGCUGCAUCGCUGCGCCAAACGUCUCUUCGAGGAUAUAACCACCGGGCCAAGUUCAACCCAUACAAGUCGUGGGCGAAAAUCGUUGAUUGCGGCGAUAUCCCAGUGACACCAAUGGAUAACGCUUUGGCGUUUCGGCAGAUGAAUAUUGCGUUUGAAGAAUUGGUGGCGCCUAGAGAAGCAUCUAAAGGCUCUGUAGAGGAAAAGAGAACUGGGCCAAAGAUGAAGUAUGACAAGGGAAACGUCGUACAGAUAACUGCCGGAGACAGCAGGGAAACCACCAAGAGCAAAUACCCCCGCUAUAUUGCUCUCGGGGGUGACCACCUGGUGCUUUUGCCCCAUCUCCGGGCACUCCAUAAAAUCUACGGACCUUUGAACAUCAUCCACUUUGACGCACACCUUGAUACGUGGAAGCCCGACAAGUACCCGAGUGUCUGGCACACGCCUCAAAGUGAACUCAACCACGGAUCCAUGUUAUGGCAAGCCCACGAAGAAGGACUUACCUCUCUGCAUAACAUCCAUGUUGGUGUACGUACUCGUUUGUCGGGCACAGAAGAUUUGGAAGAUGACGAAGAGCAGAACUUCGUGAGAGUUUUCGCCGACGAUAUUUGGCUUGAAGGUGCGCAAUCGGUAGCUGAGAAGAUCUUGAGUACCAUUCCAAAGGACAGUCCAACCUACAUUAGUGUGGAUAUCGAUGUUCUUGACCCGGGCUUUGCCAGCGGAACCGGCACCAUCGAGCCCGGAGGAUUGCUUCCGCGGGAAUUGAUUUAUCUCUUGCGCAAAAUUGAAGCUUUAUCUGUGGUAGGUGCUGAUGUGGUUGAGGUGAGUCCACAAUUUGACUCUGCCGAAGUAACUGCAACAAAUGCGGCCCAGGUGGCUUUUGAGUUGUUGACAUCAAUGGUCAAGAAAGGACCCUUAGAGUUUUCCUCUGAAUAA